AUGUCGCUCAGCGCCACAUACAAGGCGUUCCUGGCGAGUCCCUCGUCCGGCGCGCUCGCCGACAAUGCAUCGCUGCACUACAUCACUACGCUCACAACCAUCAACGAUGCGCCGGCCAUAAUCAAGCACUUCACGGUGCAAGAGAAGUUGCUGAAGCAGAAGGAGCACAAGGUGCUAAAUGCAAUUGAGAGCGCCAAUGGCGGGCUGUGCGUCGAUCUGCAGGUCACGAUUGAGUUUGUCCAAGGCGGUGGCGCGUACUUGCCCGGCCUGGACGACAACUUCGUCUCCGACAGGACGGUGACUUUCCCAAUGGUCCACAUCGUCCAUUUUGAGGCGGGGAAGAUCACCCAGAUCCGCAAGUACUGGGACCAAGGCUCCCUCCUCAAGCAAAUCGAUGUCAUCGGCGCACGCGCGCGUAACUGGCCGAUCCGUGAUGGCAAGGACCAAAUUCGUCUCAUUUCCUCCAGCGCAGCGAGCACAAACCAGUCGGAAUCCACUGAGCCGUCCCGUGGCCGUGGUCACGAUGAGGUCUCAGUCCGCCAGCGCCCCGCGCGAACGGCGACGAACAAUGCGAUGAACGAUCCCCAUGCAUCCCUUUCGCUCUUCGAGAACCGACAGCCUGAGGAGGAGCGCGAAUAUGAGUCGCAUCCGAUAGCAUCACGAGCGCAAUCCGCCAAACCUCCAGCCCGUAACCUGGGCGAGUUAUUUGUCGGAGAAGAUCCGGGCACGCCCACACCCCACAACGCUCCUGGUAUUCCAUCGAAAGCUGGCGGCGGCAAGAACUUCAAGCCGAACCGUCUGUUUAACGAAGACGACGAGCCUGCGCCGACUCCCAUGGGCAUAAAGACCAGCUCUAAGAAGUACGACCACUUCGAAUUCGGUGAUGGCGAAAACGAGGACACUCCCAAGGUUCGCGGAACGGCACGACCUGUUAACGUGAAGCACCAGUCCCAGUGGGAUUUCGAAGAUUUUGUCACGCCGGAGAAGACAAAGCCAAAGGUCCUGAGCCAGAACCAGCGGUCGAUUGGAUGGAGUGAUGAUGAGCAGCCGGAUGAACAAUCUCCAGUACACCGUGAGGUCGUCCACAAACCGCGCCGCGAUGCAGACAUGCACUUCGAAUUCAAGGAUGACGGAACUCCUGAUCCCAGCCGACAGAAGCAGGCCACGUUCAAGGGACGCCAGAACAACAACAAAGGUGGGCUGUACAGUGACCACAUCAUGGGAGGCGAUCUCGGUAACGAAUUCGACACACCACCCAAAGGCGACACCUUGGAUCCUCUGAAGGACACACACCAUAUUCAAAAUGACAUCCGUAAGAAAGACUUCGGUGCUCACUGGGAGAUGAAGGAUGAUAGCCCCGGAGGUCACAAGAUGCCCGAGAACAAGCUUACCCAGAAUCAGCAAAAGGUGCUGAAGACUAUGGAUGCCAACUGGAGUAACUACGAGCCCUCUCCGCAGCAGCAGAAGAUCAAGAUUGCGGGCAACGGCAUGGGUGGCCGCAGCAACGCCGCACAAUGGAACAUGUUCGACGAGGACCCGGAGAUUGCGAAGAAGGAGAAUGCCGGCGUCAGGUCGAUGGGCAACGGCAUGGGCGGGCGCAAGGGCGCGACGAGCAACUUCAACUGGGACUUCUAG